AUGGUGCGAGUGGUAUGUGCUGUGAAUGAGGUUCUUUGCCUUGAGUUUGAGGAGUUCAUCGACCUUGCUGCCAACAUGAUUGACAGCUUGGAAAGCCUAUUCUUCGAAAACCUCCAAUUUCUGGUCCUGCAUUUCCAUUUCCUUGAUCUGGUGAAACUCUUCGUCGAGCUUAUCGUGGAAGGGGUGAAGGACUGUGGCUUGAAAAGCGAGUGCAGUGCAGCCGACGAUGACCAGUGCCUCGCCCUUCUCAGCUCCGAAGUCUAGGAGCCAAUCCUCAAGGAAAACGAUCAAAGGUUCGUGCUCUUCCCCAUCCAGUACCACUCCAUAUUCGAAAUGUACAAGAAACAUCUUGCUUCAUUCUGGACUGCCGACUAGAUUGAUCUCUACCAGGACCUCAAGGACUGGCAGAAGCUCAACUAAAAGGAAAGACACUUCAUCAAGAACGUGCUAGCGUUCUUCGCAGCUUCUGAUGGAAUCGUCUUGGAAAAUUUGGCGCAACAGUUUUGCUCUGAAGUUCAAAUUCCUGAAGCCAGAUGCUUUUACGGUUAGAUCGCCAUGGAGAACGUCCACUCCGAAACCUACUCUCUCCUCAUCGAUACCUACAUCAAGGACCUCAACGAAAAAAAUUAUCUGUUUUCCGCCAUAACCAAUAUCGAUGUAAUUCGUUAGAAAGCUCAAUGGGCCAUGAAGUGGAUGAACAGAGAAAGGACCUUCCACGAAAGAUUGGUGGCCUUCGCAGCUGUCGAGGGCAUCUUUUUUUCGGGAUCGUUUUGUGCCAUCUUCUGGCUCAAGAAAAGAUCACUGAUGCCCGGACUCACCUUCUCCAAUGAACUUAUUUCAAGAGACGAGGGAUUGCAUACUGAUUUCGCCUGCCACCUAUACUCCCAGAUGAAGAAUAAGCUGAGGCCUGAACUGAUACAGUAGAUCAUCAAAUAGGCGGUUUAAAUAUAGAAGAAGUUCAUUUCGGAAAGCUUGCCCAGCGAUCUCAUCGGCAUUAACAGCAAGUACAUCGAAUGCGUGGCUGACAGACUGCUAGUGGCCUUGGGUGUGACCAAAAUCUGGAACAGCAAGAACCCAUUUGAUUGGAUGGAGAUGAUUUCCCUUCAAGGAAACAACUUCUUCGAGAGAAGAGUGGGUGAGUAUCAAAAGGCUGGAGUGAUGACUUCCAAGGAGGACAAGGAGUUCAGGCUGAAUGCCGACUUCUGA